GAUAGAGAUGGUGGGUAUUUGCUGAGCCCCAGCUGCGUGUCUCUUAAUACCGCCGCGACCCUCGCGUCCCCGCACGAUUCCGCACAGCGCGCCAGCCCGUCGAGGCGGCAGGAUGCGAGUCCGGCUUUAGUUUCUCCGUCUUUUCCCGUCUGGAGCAGAUUAUUACCUUUCUCCCGGUCGCAAGAACGGAUUUAACUUCACGAGCACAAGAUUUACAGUUCCUGGUCUAAACGUGGAAACGUCAUAUACAGCUCUCCACUGUCAAGUGAAGCUGUAUGGGAUGAAUGUCAUCGUCAACUCAUGAUCAAUGACCUCUGCUCCAUCAGGUGGAAAAAGUAAUUACAACACCUGAAGUGUGGGAUACGGUUACACUGGACAUGGCGGCCACAAUGUGUGCUGAGCCCGGUGAGGGAGAUCGCGCCGAGGCUGCUGAGAUGAACCCUACUAAUUCAGAGUCUAUCAUAGGACAGACUGAAGAAGAGAAGCCUGGUACUGAAGUUACGCAGGGCUCUGAGCAACAGCCAGGUGAUGGCAAAUCAAAACCAGCCUCAGAAAAAAUUUGGGGUUCUUUCCUGAAGAACAGCGGCCUGGGCAAAGUAAUGGGAGGAAAAAAGAAGAAGGAGACAGGCAGUGCAGAGGCAAAUGUGGAGGUUCAGGGGCAGGAUAAAUCCCCAACUCAUUGCCCAGCCUCACAUGAGGAGGGAUCUUCACCUCCCUCUGUCCUGGAAGGUCAGUCAGCUAAUUUGGAGAGUCCAGAGUCACAGAAGCAGUCAAUAGAGAAAGAAGCAGAAAAGGGGGAUGAUGAGGUUUCACAAGAACAAAGGCCAUCAAGCUCUAACAAGGAUGUUAAGCCAAAGCAGGGUGAGAAAUCUAGUGUACGGGACUUAAUUCGUAAGCCUGUAACUAGAAUUUUCUCACACAAGAGCACAGAGAAGAAGGAAUAUGGUGCUGAUGCUCGGAAACAUAAAAAAACUCGAUCAAGAUCUUUAGACAGACUGGAAGAUGCUGAAGCCCUUGCUGCUGCAGCUGACCCAACAGAUGAUGUGCAAGCAGCUGGAGAGGCACACCAGUCAAUUCCUCAUGAAGCCAAACACAUGAAACGAUGGCAUUCUUUUAAGAAGAUGAUGUCACAAAAAAGUGUCAAGAAAAACACAGAGGAUUCUAAGGAUAUGGAGGGAGCAGAGGCUUCUGUGGACACACAAGCAGACAUUGGAACACUGGAGUCGGCCACAAAGUUGGAUCAUGCUGGGCAAAAAAAAUGGAAAUUGAAAAGAUCAUGGACAUUCCAAGGGCUGAAGAGAGAUCCAUCUGUCCUUGGUAUUCAUAAAUCAAAGGGUUCUGACAAAGGAGAACAAAUUACUGGGGAUACAGAUCAGGGGACUGCGGGGUCCUCUGAGGAUUGCAAGUUGUCAGAAGAAGGAGAAACACAGGAGAGGGAACACUCUGAGCAAGAUGACGAGAAAGGUUCAUCUACCCAACGCGCAAAAUCAACAGAUCAUCAUACUAACGAGAUGUGGACUUCGUUCAAAAAGCGAGUGACUCCUAAAUCAAAGAAACCUGUGGAGCAUGUUACUGCCACUGAAGAAGAGCAGACAGGGGAGGGUGAGCAUGCAGAAGAACAAGUUUGCCGAGAGGAAGGCAAAUCUGCCAAGCAGUCACAAAAAAAGACCCAUUUUAAUCGAGCUGUGUCACUUAAAAACUUUCUCUUGCGGAAGGGGAAGGGCACUAGUAUGGAUAUGGGCGAAACAGUGCCAGAGCAGAAGGAUGGAGGUGCUGAAGGUGCAAGUGGUGAUACUGAUGACAAAGAUGGUAAUGCAGAUGAAGGCUCUGCCAAUCAGACUAGCUUAGGUGACCUUCCACCAGAGAAAGAUGGCAACAGUCAAGCAGAGGAUAAGAAAGGCAGUGAUGAAGAAGAGAGAGACCUCAGUGAAAGAAUGUCACCAAGUCAUGAGGUAAAGUCACCAGAGAUAACUGAAACUGGAAAUGCAUCUGAGGCCACAUCCAGUAAUGAAGCCAUUACAGAGACAAAAAUCUGUCAGGAAAAUGGAUCUUCAAGGACUGAAGAUGAUUGCAGCGGUUCUGGAGCAGAAUGUGCUGAGCACCACACUGAGGUAAAAGAGAAGAAAACCGAGGACACUACAGCAAAUGAAACAGCUCUGCAGGAAGAUGGACUAAAAGAAGUAAAAAAGGAGGAUAGCUGCUCUCAAGAGGCUGUGAAGCAGAAUGAGAAAACCUGCUCCAAUAUAUUGAAAGAUGAUGAGAACCUGGGCCCAGAAGACUAUUCUGGCAGUCCCGUAGACAAAAGCGGUGAGUGUGCUGCAGACCGUGACUUCUAUCAUCUACACCAGCCUGGAACUUACACAGAACAGCACAAACUAGAAUUACAUGCUAGUUCUGAGUUAGAGCCCUGCGAGCAAGGGCCUCCUCAAAAUGGAGGUUCCCAUGCUGGGUCAGGGGAGACACAUACUGAAAUAAAUAAUCAAGAGGAGGACCAGAAGAGGAUUUUCUUUGAGGCUGCCGCCUCCAUUGUCAAAAUGGUUGUGUCAGCAGCAGCUGAUCAGAUAGCCGAGGAUAUGGACCUUUUGGACAAUGGAUUUAAGGGCUCUCAGGAAAGUUAUGUGGACCAUGAUAUCAAUAACUAUCUUUGAGUAUUGUUCACUGUAGUGCAGAUUAUGGUCCUUCGGGCAUGCUCUUGGAGUGCUGGAAUUAGAGCAUCAAGGGCUCUCUAGAAAAGCUCAAUGAUAGGGGCAGUGUUUGGUGUGGACCAAUGUUGUGAAUGUGUGAAUCUUUUAAGUGGCUAAUUUAGUGUUCCGUGACAUGUCUGAGUAUUGAAAUGUUUUAGAACAAUCAUCUUCAUGAAAUUAAGGGAGAAGCUGAAGUGGUUAAGACAAUGAUUAAAUUAGGUGGCACCAGGUUACUUGUCAUUUUCUUGGCUCUGUAAAUGAGUGCUAUUAUAACCUUGUAAGA